CCCAUCAAUUAUAUAUCUAUUUGGAGCUUUUCCAGGAGCUUUCUUUGGGUGUAGCUUCCCCUGGGGUAGAACACAAGGAAAGCCAUCAAGAACUGUCUACACCCCAUGGCUGCCGAUGUAAGCUAGCCAGCUCUGCAGCACUCUGAGGGCUAGGGGGAAGGAGAGAGGUACAGAUAAAGUACUGUGCGAAUUCUGAGGAGAGAGAUGGGGCUGGUGGACGUGAGGUGGGCCACUUGGAAGGGGUGACACUGUCACUCAAGGCCUUAUACGUGCAGGGAAGAAGGAACUGGCCAGGACGAGGGAGAGGGCAUUUAAGGCAAUAGAGUACAUUGAAUGUGUUUUUCUCUUUGUUCUAAAGGGUCCUCAAAUACAUGAGCAUUUGUAACCAUGUCAACCUCUGUGGGAAAGCCUAAGCCAGAACAGGGAUUCUCAAACUGGUACCUGAUGCCUUUUCUCCUCAAUCAGAGCGGCUCCCUUCUCUACUACCUGACGUUGGCAUCAACAGAUCUGAUGUUAGCUGUGCCCAUCUGUAACUCUCUGGCGAUCGUCUUCACACUGAUAGUUGGGAAGGUCCUUGGAGAAGAUAUUGGUGGAAAAGAAGCAGUGGCUGGCAUGGUGCUCACCACCGCAGGGAUCACACUGUGCAUCACAAGCUCGGUGACCAAGACCCACGGCCACCCGUCGACCUCUUGAGUGGGCCAGCCCGACCUUCAGCUCUGCUGUGCUCAGCAGACGCUGGGCACUGAGGUGUGGGCAGAGGAUAGGCCGGCUUGCCUCUCGUGUCUCAGAUCGCGUCUACCUCAGGGGUCACGAUAAGAAACCCGUUCUCCAGAAUGUGUUUCCAGGAUAGCCAAGGCUACACAGAAACCCUGCCUCAGAAAACCAAACAAGACAGAGGACAGCACUGGAAGGUUUUGUAACCUUUAGUGGGUUCCACUGUUGGGAUUUAGCACUGGAGCCAGGCAUCGUGGCGCACGCCUUUAGCCCCAGCACUCAGGAGGCGCAGGCAGGAUCUCUGAGUUUGAGGUCAGCCUGCUCUACAGGGCGAGGUUCAGGACAGCUACACAGAGAAAUCCUGUCUUGAAAAACCAAAAAGAAAAAGUGCAUUAAAAGGAUUUAGCUCUGGAGACUAAUCAGCCCUCCUCAGUCGCCUCUGCCUUCCUGCUGCCACCUCAGGCAGCUGUUACCCAGCCUCCAUUACCUGACCUGCUCUAGACGGUCAGCAUCCGCAGCGCCUCCCUUACAUGGAAAGAGCUCGCUGCUGUCUCAACCGGGAAUGGCUGGAAGCCUCCACAGCCCCAUUACGGCGCUUUGGCUGACUGAAGGUGGGAUUUGGGGACAGGGAUUACAUCAACGUGUCAGAUGGAAGAAAACCAAGCUGGCCCUGGGCGAAACGCUCAGCUGCCCAUCCCUCGAGUGACAGCUGUGUGCAGAGCAGCACCUCGCUGCAGCAAACAUCUGGCCAGCUGCAGCUUCCAAUAAAUCUAUAGCAAACAAA